AUGGCAUCAACAUUACCAUUCGAGAUCAUUUCCAACAUUGCAGACUUACUUCCUAAAGAAGACCUAAUUCAUUGUAUUCGGGUUUGCAGAGCAUGGGUUACACCAGUUCAAGAGGUGCUAUGGCACACAAUAAAGAUCAAUAGCCCUACGAAACUUAACGCGAUUUGUUACAUACUCGCUAGCAAGAAUAAUACGAGUGGAAUCAAUCAUUAUACACGAAAGUUAUUAUUGGUGGAUGGCCUUGAAACGAGCGAUACUCAGCUUCAUCUUAUUCAGUGUCAUUUUCAGAAUCUACAGCACCUCUUCAUAGAAAGAAAGUGUCUAAGCGAUCAUGAGUUUGGAAAAAUGGCUGAUUGGAAUAUGUGGAAAUUACUUGAAGAGCUGGAUAUCGACUUGGAUGGAUUGGACUCAGUUAAUGCAAAGGACGAGUUUCUCAAGAUUCUAUCCUGUUUACCUAGCCUUGUAAGCUUGAAUCUUACUCAAUUCUGGCAAAAGAGAAACUUGGCAUUUGAGUUGGGCGACUUUGAAGAGAUUCAUACCCAUUUACCACGCUUAAAAAAUAUGUCUCUUUCAAUCGAUAUACAUGUCUUGUCUGAUGAAGACUGGCCUUGCAUUCUUGCCGCAGAGCCAGCUCUGGACCUUACCCACUUUAAGCUUAAAUUCGGUUGCAUGAGCUAUCGAUGGUUAUUCUAUUUCGCACGCAAGUACCCAAACAUAUGCAAUCUUGAAUCAGAAUUUUUUGAACACUACGCGCGCUCAAAGGAGGGUGAAGAUGAGGCUAUCAUGAUGUUCUCAAACGCUCCAUCACUAUUCUCUCACUUGAACACUGUUGACCUUAACACCGCGGGAUAUUUUGAGCGAAUACACACUCUAUUUUGGAAGAUUUCUCAAGCGAUUGACAUGCCAAUUAAAAAUCUUAGCCAUGCAUUGGUUAUAUCUCCAAAGAAGGCUUAUCUGGUUGAAGAGUCAGUUAAUAAAUACACGCAUUCAUUUUCUUCUACUCUUGAGACGCUUUCGAUGAGAUCCACUGUCCCUUCCAGUCAUCUACGGCCCAUUACACCAGAGUUCGAAUACUGCCCCCGUCUAGUUGAAUUAAAUCUCGACAAAUGUUUUUCGUCAAUAGAUUUGGAUUUUAUCUUGAGUCGUUGCAAGGCAUUAAAGAUGCUGAAGAUGAAAACGAACCUGGUUACAAUCACCGUAGAUGCACAUUAUACACCCGAAAGGCACAGUCUACAAGAGAUUCAUAUAUCUGGUGCAAGUAUUGGUUCGCAUGUCUUGAGCUAUCUAUCAUUCCGUUGCAGACAGCUCAAUUCUAUGUAUCUUGACAACGUAAAAAUAUUGGGCAAUCUCUGUCCAGAAUCAAAAAAUAUCAGGAUCAAAAUGCCUUACACUAGCCUAAAGGUUCUCUAUUGCGACUAUCUUUCAUUUCAUCCAGCCGAAGAUCCCAGGAUAAAUGACAACAUGAUUUCUAUUCUACUCAUUAAUCAGACAGGAAAUUCCCAAUUUCCGGAUGAAGAUUUUAUAAUAGAAGAUAUUGUUGCUCACAAUCCCCCGUAUUCUGCCAAGCUUGGUUGGUAUCUCAUAUCCCGACAUCCUGUGCCUACAGACAGCAAGCGUUUUGAAAUGCGAAGGCUUCAAAAAGAAGAAACUGAACGUGCAACCGAGUGCUUUAUUAAGUCUCAGAAAAGGCUCGAUUUAUCUAGUAAUACAGAUAUCCAACACCCCGGUAUAAAACACAGAUUUGAGUAUGAGUUUGAUAAACGUCUUACUAAUGGAUAUGCGACGAUAAUAUUUAAGGAUAUUGCCGAUAUAUAUGUAAAACCAAAUGUAGCCAAAGUUACUUGGGCUAAAAUAAAAUAA